AUGUUGACUUACCUCCCGGUAAAAGACCCAUUGGUUGCAAAUGAAUUUACAAGAUCAAAACUCACUCUGAUGGAACUAUUGAACGUUAUAAAGCUCGUCUUGUUGCAAAAGGGUCUAAAACAGGCUCCACGAGCUUGGUUUGCCACGUUUAGCUCCACCAUUACUCAACUUGGAUUUACCUCCAGCUCUCACGACAAUGCUCUUUUUACACGACAGACACCCCAUGAUAUUGUUCUUCUACUUCUUUAUGUUGAUGAUACGAUUAUUACUGGUAAUUAUCCACAAGCCAUAUCCGAUCUACAACAAUAUCUUGGUCAACAUUUUGAGAUGAAAGACCUUGGAUCUCUCGAUUAUUUUCUCGGUCUUGAAGUCUCUCACCAUUCAGAUGGCUAUCUGUUAUCUCAAGCAAAAUAUGCAUCUAAUCUGAUAGCUCGCUCAGGAAUUACAGACUCCACCACAUCUUCAACACCGUUAGAUCCCAAUGUCUAUCUAACUCCGUUUGAUGGUGUUCCUCUUGACGAUGCAAGCCUGUAUCGGCAACUUGUUGGCAGUCUUAUCUACCUAACAGUGACUCGCCCAGAUAUUGCAUACGCUGUUCAUAUUUUCUCCUCUCAGUCUUCCCUUAUGUUAUUUGGAUAUUCUGAUGCUGAUUGGGCUGGGGAUCCCACUGAUCGACGAUCCACCAUAGGAUACUUCUUUUACUUAGGGGAUUCUCUCAUCUCAUGGCGUAGUAAGAAACAAAAUGUUAUCUCUUAUUCCAGUACGGAAUCUGAAUAUCGUGCUCUGGCUGAUGCUACAGUUGAACUUAUAUGGCUCCAUUGGCUCCUUGCUGAUAUGAGUGUCCCUCAAUAG